AUGACAACUAUCCAUCGGUUCCCAGCAUUCCUCAAUUGUAAUUCUGAUUCGAUGAUAUAUACAAACAAUACUGAUAUUGGCGAGAUGUUCUGCAAUCCAAAUGCAUUUGUUCUGCAGCCUUUCUGUCUAUCAGGAGAUCGAGGAAACAAGAAAACCAUAUUGAACCAAAAUGUAACUAACUUGUGGUGCUAUUUGAUCAAUUUCAAACCCAACUUAACUUUAUAUAUACUAAUUGAGUAUGCAGCUGAGGCGCUACACUUACCACUUCUUUCUCCGUAUCUGAAAGUGGCCGAUGGGCAGAUCAACAUACCGGGAGUAAAUUUCGCUGUAGCUGGUGCCUCAGCGCUUGACACCAAUUUCUUCAAGGGGUUGCCUGUAACAACGAAUAUUUCAUUAAAUGUCCAGCUCAGCUGGUUUAAGAAGUGGAAGUCUUCCUUUUGUGCCAAUAGACAAGACUGUGAGAGGUAUCUUAAUAAGUCGCUCUUCGUUGUCAGAGAGAUCGGCGGAAACGAUUACAAUAAUGGCCUUUUCGUUGGUCAAGGCAUAGAAAACGGGAAAGCAUUGGUACGGACCGUGGUUGAAGACAAUACUAAUGCCACUAUUAAUCUAAUAGAAGAAGGAGCGGUAGAUCUGAUGGUGUCCGGAAAUCUGCCCAUAGGUUGCAUGCUGAUGUUCCUAACGAUGUUUGGAAGCUCCAAUCAAUCCAACUACGGUAAAAGUACUGGAUGCUUGAAGACUUUCAAUGCUCUUGCAAGAUACCAUAAUAAGAAGCUCCGACAGUCCCUGGAAGAAUUGAGAUCUAAAUAUCCAAAUUCAAAGAUUAUGUACGCUGAUUAUUACAGAGCCGCCAUGAAGCUCUAUAAGGAUCCAAAGCAGCAUGGUGAGUCUAGUUCUGCCACUUAG